UCUAAGAGACGGGAAUCAACUAUAUGCCUUUUUUUAGGAACUACCCUCCAAACAAUUUUCACUUCUCUAUUCAUCAAAAAAAAAAAAUGUACAACACGUUUUUGCGCAACUGGCCUCACCGAAUAACUACUUGCAACAGAACAAAGUAUGUAACUCCUAGAGCAAGACACUAACCCAUAUCACACUAAUCGAAUAACCCCUAUAACACUGUGUGGCCACCGACAUAAAAGAGUAAGACCUUGUUUUUUAAGCUUCUAAGCAAAGAAGAGAAUAUCAUAUUUCAGCAGAGCAGAACAAGUGCCAGCAAAUUAUUAAUACUCAGUAGAACAGAGCUAAGCAGGGUUGAACAGAGCCGACCAGUCCAAAAUCGACCAUAUAUAUCCUGUGCAUUUUGUACGGAUACACGGAUACACUCUAGUUAUAAAAAGUAAUUGGAGAAGCGAACAAAAGGCACAAUUGCUUUUGAAGGAAUUCACUUAAUAAAUUGUUGGAGGUUAAGAAAUACUUAAAUGAAAAAAAAUAAAUGGAAGACUUAAAUAAAAAAAAUAAAUGAAAAAAAAAUAAGUGGAGGUUAACCAACUUCUAAAAUACAAAAAAAUGGUUUAAAAAAAAAUACAAACAAAUCAUACUUAUAUUCUACGAACCAAAUAACCCAAUACUUUUUAAACAGGUUUACUUAAAAUCCACCCUCUCCUAUAAUUAGACAAUAAUACAAAGACCCGCCCAUUUAUUUAUUAGACGGAUCUAACCCGUAUUAUAAUUGUGGCGGUUCAUUGCUUUUAAAAGGCAUACAACCCUACCUCUCUCAGAGUCUAAGUCAGUUUUAGCUUUCAGUUAUUUAUUGAACCGCGCACUCAACGUUCUCCAUUGAAGUUCUCCGUUGAAUCUAAUUCUUGUACCCCCCAUUGAAGCAGCUUCUAAGGUGCUUUUUGAAAAAAAGUAAGUUUAAAAUCUCAAGGGAUUGAAGAGUAUAAAGUUAGUUGUUGGUGUCUUAGAGGAUGGUUAAUCAAGAAAAGAACUUUGGGCUUUUAUGCGAGGAUUUGUUGGUUAACAUUUUCUGCAGACUCCAUGUGAAAGAUCUUCUGAAGUGCAAGUGUGUGUCAAAAGAAUGGCUGACAGUAGUCUCCCAAGUUUGUAUUCCCAUGUUGUCAGCUAAGGAUCCUCCUGUUUCUGGAGUUUAUUAUCGUGCUAUUCGAGAUCGUGGCUUGCCUUAUGUAACAACAACCUGUCCUCAAGACAAAAAAAAAUAUUUGCAGCACCUGGUGGCCUAUAGUGAUUCUAUUCAUUAUGUUGACAGCGCUCCUCUGGAACCACACUUCAUGCCUUUUUCCAGCGCCAGAAGCUAUUCAGAUGAAAAAGCUGAUUCAUAUGGAAUGUCACUUUCAAGUUUAUUGCCAUUUGAUCAUCGUGGUGCCAAUUUCUUGGACUGUUGUAAUGGCUUAGUUUUGUUUGUUCAACGUCCUAAACCCCUGUUUUACGUGUGUAAUCCUGUAAUAGGACAAUGCGUGUCUGUCCCUCCACCUCCUCCUUCAAUCCAGUUGUCGUCCCUCUACGCAUCAUUAGCUUUUGACCCUUCCGAGUCCAUUCACUACAGAGUGGUCAUUUCAUCUCUUAGCAACCAGCCACAGUGUAUCCAUUUAUUUGAUUCCCAAACUGGAGAGUGGAAGUCGUACGAGGUGAAAAUAGAGCUGCCUCCUUUUGCUGAGUGUUUUAAGUUGCUCAGGCACUCUAUUUACUUGAGAGGUGUAGUGCAUAGAUUAUCCAUGUAUGGUGUGAUAAUAUCCUUUGACCUCAAAUGUAUGAAAGCCUGUGUAAUUAAUUGCCCAAGUCAGAAAAGUCCUCCUGCACAUCCAACAGAUGAAAAAGAUCAACCUCCGCCAGGAUGUAUUGGGGUGUCAAAUGGAUCUCUCUGUUAUGUCAGGAAUGAAGAUGGGUAUGUGUGUGUGUGGUUGCUUGACAAUCCCAAUGACUCCAGUGAAUGGAGUUUGAAGCAUAAGAUUUUCUUGCAAUACCUUUGGAAGUAUGCGCGAAAAAAUGACUGGUCUUCGCGUUAUGUCUGGUUGCGAUGUUGUUCUUUUCAUCCUACCUCUGACAUCUUAUUUAUGGGUUCUGCAAGUUCAAUCUUUAUGUAUCAUAUCGGAAGUGAUCUCUUUGAAGCAGUGCGGUAUUUAAACUUUUUUGAAUCGCAUUGUGGGGACUUUUUCCCUCUCUUUUUGCACAAAAAUGUAUUUGUCACGUUGAAGGACUGGUCCAGAGGUAUUACCAACGUUAUCGAUAACUAUGAAGACAUACAUGACCGUUGGUGUUACACAGAUCAGUGAUCAUUUAUUGAAGCAAAAAAAGAAUAAAAAUGAGAUGAAGCUUAUGGUUUGUUUCAGUUUGUCUGCCACAGGCGAUUUACUAGUGUUUUGGCAUUGCUUUAGAUUCAACAAUAAUGUUUGACAUGAAAUGUGUUUCUUCUUGUAGAAGUCUUCUAUCUCAGUUUUGAUGAAUAUUAUUUGGAAGCUCAUGAGCUCUUUAUUACUUGAUAGUAUUUUGAUUGACCUUGACCUCUUCAUGGUUGGUAUUCAAGAGAAGAAUAAUAGUGGGGACGUGGGGUAACUGGGGUGAAAACCUCUAAUUUGUUUUGAAUACAUCCAGUACCUACAGUGGGCAUAGCAAGUUCAUGACUACCUUCAAACUUGAGAGAGUGACACAGUUCAGUUUGGAAUAAGGAGCGGCUUCUGCUGUUCAUAGUGAGGGUGCAGGCAAAAGUACCAUCUCGGUUUCAAUCACCAACUUGGAGGCACCAUCUAUGCUCAAUUUCAACGAGCUUAAGUCUCUUGCAGACACUAUCUAUGCUCAAUUUUAGCUAUGAUAGUGUCAGAGGCCUAGCUUGGUUUUAGUGGAAUGGUGGCAAAGCUUAGAUUCUUAUUUCAGUACCUGAAUGUUACUUGAUCUUGAGGUGGUUGAGGAGAUUGUGUCUUGAAUAAGAAUGAAAGACUUUAACCAUACUUGCUGCUACAAGAUUUCAUUUAUUAAUUAUAUUUUAAAAAAAAAUCCCGUGUUUAUGUGUUCUUUUUCAAUGAGUUAGUUGUAUGCAUUGUAAAUUUGUAAGCCA